UUCGCGUAUGUACGACAGUAUAGUCUAAGACUGCUAAAUGUAUUAAUAUGUUGGUGGAGCAACAGAUCUGUUUCUCUAUCAGCAUUUCGUUGAAAUGCUCUGACUACAAUUUAGUUACUGAUGCGCUUGACAUUUAAUCAGUAUAUUGUACUCGGAAUUUCGGUUUGAGUUCAACUGGAGAAUGCAGUGAAAUAACAAAAAAUUGCUGAAAUAUUCCAUGUUGAUAACGGACAGUUGUGUAAUGACGGGAAUCGAACGAUUUUCUAAAAUUUAUUGAACAUUUCAUUAGCGAUACUAUGAAAGGAGUGAUAACAUGCUGUGGUUCGAGCAACGACGGUACGAAAGCGGAAAAGGAAGUGAACUUUCAGGAUAAAUUUGCGGUGCCAAAUGACAAUCGCACUGAUGGUGUGCAGCCAUCAACAAUCGGUCUUCCUGUCGAGACGCCACCGCUCACGUGGAAGUUUUGGCAAAAGAGGCGGUACAUUGUUGUUCUGCUAACAUUUUUCGGAUUCUUCAACGUGUACACGAUGAGAGUUAAUUUAAGUGUUGGAAUUGUGGCAAUGACCGAACUUCGACCUGUUUAUUAUCAAAACGGUACCGUUGGUUAUGAGCAAUACUUUAACUGGUCGUCAACGGAACAAGGGCUCAUCUUAAGUGCAUUCUUUUACGGUUACAUUCUGACGCAAUUGAUCGGAGGUUAUUUCGGAGCAAAAAUUGGCGGGAAUUGGGUGUUUGGGGUCGGUAUCUUUACAACAGCCGUUUUAACACUGAUAACUCCAUUGGCUGCAAAAUCUGGAGUGUACGUCCUGAUUGCGGUUAGAGUAAUCGAAGGCAUUUUCGAAGGUGUUACGCUUCCAUGUGUGCAUGAUAUUUGGUCACGAUGGGCUCCACCACAUGAGCGCAGUAGAAUGGCAACGAUAGCGUUGGCAGGCACAUACGUUGGAACAGUCAUUGCAAUGCCUCUGAGUGGUAUAUUGGCCAAUACACUCGGCUGGGAGAGUUUAUUUUACGUGUUCGGUGUGAUCGGCGUUUUGUGGUUCAUUGUUUGGGUGAUUGUGGUUCGCCGGAAUCCCGGGCAGGAUCGGUAUAUAACGAAAGAUGAGCUGCAAUACAUAAAAGCGUCUAUAGGAGCUGUGCGGGAUAAAAAGCCAUCCGUUCCGUGGAAAGCGAUUUUGACGUCGAAACAUGUUUACGCUAUUUAUGUGGCCAAUACAGCUGAGACCUGGGGUCUCUACACGCUCAUCACACAAUUGCCAACAUUUCUGAAAGAUGCAAUGAACUAUGACCUACAAAAAUCUGGUUUUCUGUCUGCAACGCCCUAUCUGGCAUUGGCAAUUUUGUUAUUUGUUUUCGGUUAUUUAGCUGACUGGGUCCAGAUGAAAAAAUAUUUGACCACGACUCAGGUCCGUAGAUACUUCAAUUGCCUAGGUUUCUUGUUGCAAGGAACUUUUAUGCUGUUAGCUGCCUAUUUGUUGCAUCCGGUGUGGAGCAUUGUCUGCAUAGUAUUAGCUGUUGGCUUCGGUGCACUGGUGUUUUGUGGAUAUUGCGUAAAUGCACUUGAUAUUGCACCACAAUUCGCCAGCAUUAUCAUGGGAAUAUCGAAUACAUUCGGAACCAUUCCUGGCAUAAUAUCGCCUACAUUGACGGGAGUGUUGGUCAAAAAUAAGACGAUGGAAGAAUGGCGCAUCGUUUUCUUUAUUACAUCCGGUGUGUAUGCGAUUGGUUGUAUUGUUUAUUGGAUUUGGUGUACCUCAGAGUUACAACCGUGGGCGAAACGGAAGGAGGUCGUGAACGAUAGAGAAUCCAAUACCGACACCGCACAUAUGUAGCGACUGUUGAUCCUGUUGACGAACUGAGGAAAUCAGUUUUACUUCUAAAGGAUACCGUAAUAAGUGUAAAUAGACAUAGAGGUGUAAAUACAAUACCAAAAGAAAAUAUGA